AGCGGGAACUUUGUUGCGCCGCUGUUGUGUUGUGUCGUUGAUUGCGACAAGAGUUGAGUCGAGGCGGGUGUUAUUUAAAUAAGUAUUGUUUUGAUCGUUGCAAUGGAUUUGCGUAGCUUUGCUUUGUUUUGCAUUUUACUAUUUGUUAUUGGAUUCAGUACCACCACAGUGACGGCUAGACCGCGUGGACGACCGAACAUAUGCCUACAGCCACCGCCAAGGUCAGAAGGUGUUUGCACCAUCGAAAUUGAAGGUUUCUACUUUGAUCAACGCACCAAUGAUUGCCAAAUGUAUGUAUUAGGCGGUUGUCGCACCGUUCCGGGACAAAGUUUUGGCUCACGGCAAGAUUGCUUGGACACUUGUGUACAUUUGACACGGCAUAUACAGGACUUGCGUAUCAACGAAUGAGUAAUGGAGUUGGCUUGGAGUAGCAAAAUGAAUGGAACUGCUCGAAUAAUACUUGAAUAAUUAUAAGAUAAAUAAAUACAUACAUCCUUAUAUGUACAUAUAUAUGUACAUAUGUAUAUUA